CUCGAUAGCAGACACACAGCAGCCAUUGUGGAGGAUCGUAUUGAGGUCUACGGAACCAAAGAUUAUAGUCUUAGGACGAUUUGAAUCACUGAUCGUGGUAACAUCUGAGUACUAUAUUUCUAUAUUUACACAGUAAAUAAAGUCUAACGUCAAGAAAGUAAAGGAAAACGACUUACCGAGGACUGUAUUAUCCGCCCGAGACGUUCAGCUUGGCGGAGGGAUUCAACCGAAUCUAAAACGGACAUCGAAAAGGACAGAGGCGCCGUCUAAUUCAGCACCAACUGCUAAUUCCCUUUAAAUACCUUCUUUUUACAGUCUGUGCUCGGCUUUUCUCUCAGGUCUGUGCCCUUAUUUAGAUGGCAAGCUUCCCAGACUCUGUAAACGAAAAUGAUAUAGGUAAGGCUAAAUGCAUUGGUGAACUCUUAGUGCCUGUUGCUCCCUUCGACCAGAAGUCUGGGCGUGAGGCUUGGACAGUUGCCUUUGCACCCAAUGGUUCCUACUUCGCCUGGUCUCAGGGGCAUCGAAUUGUCAGGCUUAUUCCGUGGACAAAAUGCCUGAAGAACUUUUCAACGGGCCAUUGUGGAGAGGCCACCAAUGCCUCAAGCCCCCGGCACUUGUCCUGUCAGAACAGCAAUGGGAACCACAUAAUCCCGGUGGCUGGCGAGCCUCGUGAACACACCAUAGACUGUGGUGACAUUGUCUGGGGCUUGGCUUUCGGGUCCUCAGUGCCAGAAAAGCAGAGCCGCUGUGUUAAUAUUGAGUGGCACCGCUUCAGGUUUGGCCAGGACCAGCUGCUACUGGCAACAGGCCUCAACAAUGGUCGCAUCAAGAUCUGGGAUGUUUACACUGGAAAGCUGUUGCUGAACCUGAUGGACCAUACUGAUGUAGUGCGUGACUUGACUUUUGCUCCUGAUGGUAGCCUCAUGCUGGUGUCUGCAUCAAGAGAUAAAACACUUCGUGUGUGGGACCUUAAAGAUGAUGGUAACAUGGUGAAAGUUUUGCGGGGGCAUCAGAACUGGGUGUACUGCAGCGCCUUCUCCCCUGACUCCUCCAUCCUGUGCUCAGUCGGUGCAGGCAAAGCAGUGUUCUUAUGGAAUAUGGAUAAGUAUACUUUGAUCCGGAAGCUGGAGGGACACCACCAUGAUGUGGUGUCUUGUGAGUUUUCACCAGAUGGCGCACUGUUGGCCACCGCCUCUUAUGACACCCGGGUCAUCUUAUGGGACCACCACAAGGCCACCGUUCUGCUGGAGCUGGGCCAUCUCUUCCCGCCUCCUUCACCCAUUUUUGCUGGAGGGGCAAAUGACCGCUGGGUUCGCUCUGUGAGCUUCUGCCCUGAUGGCCGCCACAUUGCCAGCAUUACUGAUGACAGACUGAUUCGUUUUUGGAGCAUUGAGGAAAAGGCUCCACAGGCAAUCGCGUCUCUCACUAAUGGCCUCUGCUGUGCCUUCUCUGCUGAAGGAAACGUUCUUGCUGCUGGGACUCGUGAUGGCAGUGUGCACUUCUGGGAGUGUCCUCAUAGCAUUGCCAGUCUGCAGCAUAUGUGUAGGAUGGCUCUCCGCCGGGUGAUGAGCACCCAGCAGGUAGAGGCUCUGGCCAUUCCCACACCACUCCGCGACUACCUGACUUACAAAGUCAUCUGAUCCCCACCCAAACCAAUCCAACUGCACUUGUCACAACAGCAGCAUGCUCAAAAACCAAUGAAUCCCUUAUUUUCUUAAAAGAAAUCGUUUUUCAUAGAAAUUUGAUGAACAAACAAGACCGAUUGGGACAGCAGGAAAAGUUUGAAGUUUUACAGAAACCCCAGAGCGAUGUCCUUGUCUCCACCCUCCACCACCUUUUUUUGUGAAUAUUUAUUUUUGUAAGUGCUUUUGUAAAUGAGUGUGCCUGGACCAGCACAUCAUUCAUACCUGUAAGGUCAAAUUCUUUCUAGACCCUCCUGUCUCCUCCAACAUAUUGCUGUGGUCAUUUGUUGGGCUACUCUUCAGCUGGCUCCAGAGCUCCACCAGCUUCAGUGGACUCUUCAUCUUUUUCUCUGAUGUGAACUUGCUGUUGCACUUAAUGGAGAGGCUUUGUGCUUGUUCUUAAUGCCAGUUUUUCUUUUCUAUUUGCUGGUGGGGAGGUAAAGGGAAGAGACAUGGGGUGCUUAAAACAUUGCAGGAUUUUCAAGGCCAAAAGUCAGAUCUUUGAACUACUGAGACUUGAAGUACCUUGAAAUCAGAUUAUUGUCAUGAGAAAAAAAAUCAAGCAGCUAUGGUCUUUUGACAGAUUUGGCAUGUUUCUCGGAAACCGUAUUUAUGCCACCAUGGCACAUUUACUUAUUGAAACCCUAUCUUCUUUGAUAUGCUUGGAAGCCAUUUUUCAUUUCUAACACAAAGACAUAAUUUGCCAGGUGUACCAGCCGUCAUAUAAUCCAGUACAGUAUGCUACCAUCUGUGUGCUGUAUCGGUUGUAACCAACAAAAGAAGUUAGAUACUUCAUGUUCCACAGUGCUAGCAUGUUGAGUAGCUUCAGAGCAAUCAUUGGUGCCUGACUGAUAAAUCAGCCAGGUCGAUACAUCAGCCAGUACAAUUUAAUUGUAGAUAUGCUAUCGUUGUAUAUGUCAGCAGGUAAAGUAAUAAAGCAGCAGCUAUUAUUUGCUUCCAAAUUAAAUGGGCAACAUCGGAGUCUCAGUAAAUGGCAAAUAUCAGCCCCACUCUGAGAAAACCAAGAAUUGCUUGAAUCCUGACAUGAUGAGGACUUGGUCCAACCAAAAAUGUCUCAGACUAGCAACAGAAACAUUACUUGUGUGUGUGGGCGAGUGUGUGCGUGUGUCAGUGUGUGUGUGUGUGUGUGUGUGUGUGUGAGGCCUUGAGAUCAAUGUUAUUCAAUAAUAGCGCAAAGCACCUCUGUCACUUAACUGCUAUCUAUAUUUGGACUUGGUAGGCAGAAUUCCAUGUGAUAAGUAUGUAUGUAUAUAGACAAAAUUGUAUCAUGUCCAUAAACAUCAAAAACAUUUUACACUUUUUACCACUUUAUUUUGUCAUUUAUAUCUAGUUCUUAUGUUGAAUAUUUGUAUUUUUGUAUUUGGUUCCUUCUUUCUUUUCUUUUAAAUGUGAAAAUGUCCCCCGCCCAAAAAAAAACCAAACCCCAUCAACUUACAUGUCUUACUGUUAAAGGCCAGAGUAGUGAAAGGUAGACUACAUUACUGUAUGGUGCAAAUUUAGACUGUGGCAGUGCUACUGCACCCUGUCAAUAUGUAGAAAUUACAGUAAGCAAUUCCUGCAACCCUGAAAGACAUCUAAAACAAAAACAACCCAUCAGCUGUCAGCCUUAGCUAGCCUCUGGUGUCAGAUCCUCAUGCUGACUGAACUCUUGAUAGAAAUGUAUGCACAAGAAUUCCCAGUAACUCUAAGAUGCAGCAUUUUUAGAAUGUGUCAUUUUUAGUUUGUCGCUGAGAGGAGAUAUGAAAAAGGGGAAGUAAGUUCUAAGUGGCCUAAAUAUGGCUUUGUGUAUGCAAGUGGGUAGAGAGCAGCUCUCAAUCAUUCAUGGCAAUAAGUUCUCCGACAGUGCUAAUGCCAAAGCGUUUCCUUUUCAGAUAGUCAAUGCAAUUGGUUGGCUUCUCAUAGUUUCUUUAUUGAUAUAUAGAGGGAGAUGCGUGAAUGGCUUUCACUGCUUAGCUCACAAUACAGAACCUUAAUUGGGGUUUGCUAAACAUGAUGUUUAUAUACCUGUUACCAUUGUGAUUGAAAAAACACAGGCCUGCCUCAGUGAGAUGCAGUAUGAAGCGUUAAAUAUAUCAAAUAUCUAUGAAUGUAUUCGGUUCUGCAAUCUGUUUUUGUGUGCAAGUUUCAAUAAAGGUUUUUUGACAAUAA